AGAUGGUUCAAAUUAUCAACAGAAUUUUGAUCUCAGUUUCCAUAUUCUACUUGUGCUAUGCACAUCCUUACAAAACAAAUGCAAAGGAUCUCGAAAAAGACCGAAUGCUUACUACCAACGAGUACUAUGUUGAAAAGGUGAAUCAAAUGGCCGGCAUUAGCUGCGACUUGUGUAUGCGAGCCGUUUAUGGUGUGAAUUAUGAUUUCAUACAGCUGAAGAAGGACUUCAUUGAAAUGAUCCGUCUUGACUGUGAAGCAUUGUUCCAUGAACGGCCUGAAGAUAUCUCCGAGUGUAUUCGAUUCCUCACUACAAAAGUGGAGAAGUAUUCAGGAAAGGUGGAAAAGAUCUUGGACUCUCGACACGUCUGUGUACUUCUUCGAGUUUGUGCGGCCAGUGAUGAGGAUUACGUGUUGAAGAAUAAACUGAGCAGCAACAAAACGGAUAUGCAAUGAUUACAAUUUUUUUUUGAUAUUUCAUAAUGUUAAUCCCAAAUAAAACGAUUUUUAAUGU